CCCUAACCGAGUUACUAUAGGAGCAGGGAGCAGUAGCGCGCAGGAGAGCCGUCCUCCAGGGGCUCCAGGAGGAUCGUCAUGCGAGUGUAUAAGGAAGUCUCUGAGCGAUAAAGGCAACAGAGUCAGAGAUGGAUCCUGCGACGGUGAUAGCACUGUGCAAGGAGAAUAUCCAGCCGUUGAGGUACGGGCGGAAUGCCACUCAAUUGGGAACCGCAUUGAGGGCGCAGGAGGACACGGAUGCGCAGCAGUUGUUGCUGCAGGAAAAGCAAAUGUAUGAGGAUGCGAUUAAAAAUUACGAAGGAGAUGAUCCUUUAGAGAACUGGUACGAGUAUAUUCUCUGGGUCGAGCAGAGUUAUCCAAAAAGUGGGCAUGAAUCCCAUAUUGGAAGACUCUUGCAGCAGUGUUUAGCGAUAUUUGAAAAGGAUGUAAAAUAUCAUCAAGAUCGCAGAUAUAUACGUUUGUGGAUUAAUUAUAUAAGCAUGCAAAAGAAUCCUUUGGAGCUGUAUCAGCUGUUGCAUAGCGGUGGUAUCGGAACCAGAGUAGCAGACAUGUACAGGGCCUGGGCUUUCGAGUUAGAGCAAAUUGAGGAUGACAAACGAGCGGAUGAAGUUUACUUAAUGGGACUGUCCGUUCAUGCAGAACCAUUUGAAGAAUUGAGCCACGCUCACCAAAAUUUCCAAUUUGCUGUGGCGCGCAAAACACUCGGACGUAUCGACGAAAGAAACGAAAUUGCUUUAUAUGAACAACGUCAGGCUUUCAGUUCAUUAAGAGCGAUAAGAGCUGGUAAGAGAGUCGGCAGCGUACGAACGGGUCAACGCGUACGCGAUUAUUAUCCUGGGACUAUACCCCAAAUCUCAGCUUCUAUGCAGAAUACAAAGCCCAAUUCUAAGAUACAAAUAUAUCAGGAUGACAUACCUGGAGAGAUAAAGGGUUCGAGCAUAUUAGAUCAUGUACCUAUAGAGGACAUGGUACAUAAGGAGAAUACCAUCAAGCCUGGACCAUGGAACAGUGGGAGCAAGAGAGGUCCAUUAAUAGCUCCUACCGUAAAGGCGGGCUUUAAGAUUCACGAAGACCAGAACGAUGACAGUAACAUGGAGAAAAUUAAAUUAUUCCCAAAUCACGUACCUUUUUUUGACGGCAGUAAAUAUCAUGACUGUUUGAGAGUGCCGGUGUAUGUAGCGGACCCAAUAGAUCCAAAUAUUGUACAAAAACCACAUUAUCCCAAAGAACUAGUUUAUGCCGAUAAUGUCGACCGUAGUAUGGAAGAAAUUAGAGCACAGCUUUAUUUGGAAAGAAGAGCACAAUUUCUGGAAAAGCAACAUGAAAUGCCGAUGGUUUGUUUACGUGAAACUGGUGGAGAAUCCCAAUCUCAGCUCAAUAAUUAUGAAAACAUGUAUCAUCUACAAGAAAUAGAAGAGCAGAAGCAAAGAAGAGAAGUCGAGAUCAGUAGGCAAAGACUGGCUGAGCAACAAGAAUUGCAAAGGCAGCAAUAUGCUGCUGAGGUCGAGAAUCAGGUUUUAGAGACUCAACGACAGGAAGCUGAGCAAAGAGAACUGGAAAGAUUAGAGACCGAGAGAAUUGAAGCCGAAAGACUCGAAGCGCAACGAAUGGAAGCUGAAAGACUCGAAGCGCAAAGAAUGGAAGCCGAAAGACUCGAAGCGCAACGAAUGGAAGCCGAAAGACUCGAAGCGCAACGAAUGGAAGCAGAAUUGAAUACACAACGGAAAUUACAGUCGACGAACUUUAUGCACCAGCAUCACACUUCAUCUUUGCCUGUUGACACUGAGGAACAUUUGCUCGGGCAGAGUCUCACUGUAAACACGAAAGAAGCUAUUUCGGUUGUGCAAGGUCUGUGGCAAUCCCCAGAUGUGGCCGUUAAUGCUUCACGCUUUCGUAGUCCUCCCGUCGCACCCAGAAUGGUAGAUUCGAGAAAUAAGUUGUCGUUCGACAUACACAUGGAUAGUUCUAUGACUCAACAUGCGAUGGUCAGUAACAAACAUCAUCAAGGAUACAAUGUACAGGUUUAUAACGAUCAAGAGAAUCAUCAAAGUUAUCAUACGCCGCAUCAAAGUUAUUCUGGUCAGGAUCAACAUAUUGGAUAUGGGAAUCACAGUUUGCAAAACAGUUAUCAUUAUCAGAUGCAGCAACAUCAUGAUCAUCAAGUGCAGCAGCCGCAUCCUCGGCAGCACCAUCCCCAACAUCAGCAUCAUCAUCAGCAACAUCAGCAAUUAAUUCCCUCGCAUCAGCAAAUGCAUCCUGUGCAUCAUCAGUCUCUUUCUCAUCCGCAGCAUUUACAAUCACCUCAUGGUCAAAUGCCGCAUCAUCAACCGCACAUUCAUCAUCACCAAUCUCCGCACAAUCAUCAUCACCAGCCUCCGCACAAUCAUCAUCAGUCUCCACACAAUCAUCACCAAUCGCCGCACAAUCAUCAUCCGUCGCCACACAAUCAUCACCAGACGCCACACAAUCAUCAUCACCAGUCGCCACACAAUCAUCAUCAUCAGCCUCCGCACAAUCAACAUAUUCUACAUUCUCAGCAACCGCAACACGUGCAUCAACAUAUGCAACAUAUACAGCAUCCCGUUUACAGUAACAUGUUACCCAAUGAUAUCAGCUAUCAACAGUAUUCGCCAUCAAUAGAACCUCCGAUGCUGCAGCAGAAUAUAGAACCGCAGAAACAGUUACAUUUCCCUCCUUAUACCGAUCCUGACAUUGAAACGAACAAACCAUACAGAAUGCCACCCGAAUUACCCUAUAUUAAAUCGCCUGGGAUGAAUCGUAAAGACAUCAAAUAUCUUGAAAGCGCGGAAGACAAAGAAAACGCUAUCGUUGUGGAUUAUAAUGGCCCGCUAGAAGAAAAUAUG